AUGAUGUCAACGAAGACUUAUUUUAUUACAUUGGUACUCUUAUUCUUAUUGAAAAUAACUCACACAGCCGACUUGCAAAUUAAAGACAGUUGUUCUUCUGUACAGUUACUAGGUUUAUUUCCAAAAGAUAUGAAGAAUGAGGUGCGACAAUCCGUUGAAUGGUCUAUAGCUCGAUCAAUGUUCGAAGUAGCCAUAUUACUUGCACGCAUAUAUAAUAUGACAUUUGAUGGACAAUGUCUCGGAUGGCAAGAAGUAAUUGCAGAAAAUGAAAUGAGUGUAAUGUUAACAAUUUGCGAAAAAUUAGCAUCAAAUAAUAUUGUUGGUAUCAUCGGACCAGCAGCGUCUAAUGAUGUUCGAGUAAUAUCAUCAUUUCCAUCUCUUUUGAAUAUUCCAAUGGCUAGUUACUCUGCUACAAAUCCUGAUCGAUCAGAUAUAACCGUAAACGAAGCAUUUUAUCGUGUAGUUCUAUCUGAUCGUUUUGCUGCAUUUGCUAUAUCCAAAUUAUUUCAACAAUUCAAGUGGUCAUCAGUCAGUGUUAUCAUUCAAAACGAUGAUUAUGGUUAUGGUGGAUUAAAAGUGUUGAAAGAUGAAUUUUACUCGACGUCGGUACACAUAAUAAAUGAAUUAGACUUCGAGAAAAAAACUGACGAUUUUACAGCGCAUGAUAAUUGGGCAGAGAUCCUAUCAAAAUCAUCAUCUCGGAUUGUGCUUGUAUGGGCAAAUGAAAAUGUAACGUAUUCAAUUCUGAAACAUGCUCUAAAGGAAAAUAUGACCACUUCUGAUUUUGUAUGGAUUUUAACAAAUGAGGCUCCCAUAGAUCUCUUCAAUCAGUCUGAAAAAAAAAGAUUAGUUGGAAUUCUCGCAGUAAUACCCGUUCCUGGAGCUUUAGUCGGUGUUGCUGUAAAUUCAUCAUUAUUAGCAGAUGCAGAAAAAAUUUGUUAUGAAAUGAAUCAUCAACCUUGUUCAGUUAAUAAUGAAGUUAAUAAUUAUGCUUUGUUUGCUUUCGAUGCAACAUGGGCACUUAUUCUUGCACUACAUCAACAUUGCUCUCAAAAUAAUCAUUGCUUAGAUUUUGAGAAAAAUGUUACCAAUUGUUUCGGUGUUAGAUAUAGCAGUGGAACAUACUAUCGGGAAAUACUACGUGAAUCAACAAAUUUCUUGGGUGUAACUGGACCUGUUGAAUUCAGCAAUAAUUCUACUGAUCGUUUGAAAGGUGCUUACUAUCUUCUCAAAAAUCUUCAGAUAAUAGGGAAGACUAACGGCUAUAGUUACGUGCCAGCAAUGAACUGGAGUGACACUGGAACUUGGUUUACAGUGGGAUAUCUAUUUGAAAAAUCAAGCAAUCAACAAUUAACAGAGCGAAAUUGUUUAAACUCGACUGGUGUCAGUAUUUACUAUUCAACAAGUAGUCUUGUCGGAUUCGGCUCAGAUUUUGCCACGACGGCAGCUGCUCGAGUUCUCAUCAUCGGUCUCUACAGUGUCAGUGUAAUUCUUGUUGCUACAUACACAGCCAACUUAUCUACUUUUCUUGCUCUUGACAGAGCUACACCCGUUAUUUCGGGUAUCGAUGACAUUAUUAAUGGAAAAAUUCCUUUCGAACGCGUGGGUGUUAUAGAAGGUGGGGCUACUCUUGAACAUUAUGUUAAUAAUGUCUCUCUAGUGUAUCACCCAUUGCGAUCAAAGAAAGAAAUUUUUACUAUGUUACAAUCGAAGGAGAUUGAUGCUGCUAUAACAGAUAAUACUACAAUCGUGUAUGAAACACAAACAAACUAUUGUGAUCUCAUAGCGGUAGGAAGAGACUUCGUUAAAUCAUCUUUUAGAAUUGCAGUGAGCAAAACAUGGUUAUACAAGGAAGAUUUAAAUAAAAAUAUAUUAAAGCUAAGAGAAUCUGGUUACAUGGAGCAUUUGGCGGCUGAAUGGUUUUACCAGGAUAAAUGUCAAAAUGACAAGAUAGAUCCGAACCCGACAAAUGAGAUCACGAUCGAGAUGAUGAGUGGACUGUUAAUCACAUUUUUUCUUAUUAGUCUCGUUGCAAUAGUUAUACAUCUGUGGCCCACAAAAGAGAAAAUCAACGUGGAUAUCAUGAAGCCUAAAGUGUGA